AUGGGACGACAACGGGGAGGAGCACAACCGACCAAAUUAACAAAAUUGACCGGUUUUUGUGAUAUCGUUAAUCAAGCGAAAUUGAAGAAAACGGGCGGUAAAACCAGUAGCGCAAAGCCAACAGCAGCGAUGACAAAAACGACCACGGCCAAAACGAUUGAAAGGACAAAAACGACGACCACCUCGGUAGCGAGCACAAAAUCGAAAAGUGCCGACAAAUGGGAAGAGUUUCGUGAAAAAAAAUUGGCCGAAAUGAAGCAGCAUAAGAUUAACGUUGAACGACGCAUGCAAACGAGUUGUAAUAUUGAUGGGCAAAUGUAUUGGAGCCAACGCACGGACAAAUUGAAACGAUAUCCAAAACAUGAAGCGUUGCAUCCAUCAUGGUAUACGGAGAAUAUUUAUUCAAAUCAUUCAAUCGAUUUGGAAUCGGAUGACUUUUUCGCCAACGACGAUCAAUACGGCCCAAAUGACUAUGAUCGCGAAACAUCGUUUCAUCGAAAGAAGCCACAUAUCGAUACGGGCUAUGGUUAUCCAAAAUCGCGAAGUUGUUGUUUCGGAAGUGGAUACGAUGAGCGACCGAAGCCAGUAUUAAUGCCAAAAUCCAGUUCGUUUACAGGGACGGGCGGCAGUAGAGGUGUUAGCAAUUUUCGAACGAUGUACAGUACGGUGGAGGAGGAAAGCUUCUUGGAAGUGCGUCGUCAAAAUAAUAGCCGGAAUAAUCUAAGUGGCCUGCGAAAGUUUUAUUGUUGGGAAAAUGAUCGACAGCCGAGCAUCGAUAAAGAUGAACUGUACGCAAACUCACAUAAUCACCUAGACGUCGAUUGUUACAUGAAAAAUCCCGAAGUCUAUCAAAUCGAACGUGAUCGAAAUUAUUAUAAAAAACCAAAUGUCGAUAUUCAUGACGUACAAGCGACCACAAAUGCCAAUUACAUACGAAAUAUUUGGCACAAUCGAAAUCGAAGCUCAUCCCUCUACAAAGUGCAAAAUAUUAAUGAAAUCAAUGGCAAUUAUCUGGAAGAUUUUAGCAAUAUACCGUCGUAUGAUGUGGCACCGAAACGCCAUCAUCAUGAUUUGGACAGUCAUCACCCGUUCGAAGAGGAAUAUUUGAUAAUUCAUCAAAAUAAGCCGAAUAUCAAUUUAUAUUCGGCACGGAAUAGCUUCGACGAUCCGGGUUCGGUGAGCCGGCGGCAGAGUUAUCAUUCGAAUGAGAUGUAUGCCAGUGAUAUGGAUCCGUAUAGUGAACGGUCUUGCUAUAUGGGUCGUGAUAAAAAUUGCAUGGACAUGAGUUUGGGGCAUGCAACUAAUCGAGAUCAUCAAACCACGCGCCAUAGUAUCCGAUCGAAAAGUAUGCUGGAAGUACAGCCACCCAGCCAUUGGGACGAUGACACAUCCUCCGAUUCGACCAUUGAUGAUUUGUACGAUUUUAAUUUUGAUUUUGUCAAUCAAUACGAUUUGGACUAUCGUAACAAUAACAACGCAACGAAAAGUAUGUUGUUAGCCAAGAACAGUAGUCAUCCGUUGUACAAGGAGAAAAAUAUUAAUGUCGACAAUUAUUCAAAGUAUCGGAAGAGCAACAUGGACAUCAUUGACGAUACCGAUAAUGAUAUAAACGAUGUUGACUUUGACAACAAUAGCCAAAGUGACGAGGAUGAAGACAUCAAUUUCAACAGUUUGACAUCGCCCAGGCACGAUCGUUCCCGUUACCACCACCACCAUCAACAUCAAUCAUCACAGGAUAAUGAAUAUCUGCUCUCGAAUCGUAGUGCUCGUGCACGAUACUAUGAUAACUGUUUGUCGUCGACAUCCGAAUUUUAUCCAACCAUCAGCAGCAACAUUAAUAAUAAUAAUAAUCAAAAUGUCAUUAGUCCCAACGGAAAUAGAACAAUAAAUGAAGGUCAUCAUCAAAUCAACAAUAUGCAUUCGGACGAUAAUAAAAUCAACAACAACAAUAACAAUAAUAAUAAUGUUGAUUCGCUGGACGAUGGUAACGCAAAUAUUAAUAGCCAAGAAAGUAAUGGAGCGAUUAGUUUAAUCAACAAUAUCUUUUCGAUUUAUAAACCACGAAAGUAUUCGCCGGUGAGUUGCCGUGCGGCAAGUCAAAAAGCAUGUGGCAUUACGAAAAGCAUGAACGUACCGAGCACAGUGAGACCAUUAGGUGCACCAUAUAAUGAUUUUCUGACAUCGAUGAAACGACCGUUAACCAUAACACCAUCCUGUUUUACCACACAGAAACGUAACUGGAUUAUGCCGCCCACUGCGUCCGUCGAUCAGGCACACUUCAAAAUCAUUCCAGAGAAAACGGGCUUGAAAAUCUCACCGUUAUAUCGCUUUGGCUACGAAGAUGACAGUAAACUACGACUCAAAUGUACCGCCCGACCACUGCUCUUUCCCCUGUAA